AUGCCUGCAAAUGUUUCUAAAGUUGGAGUUAAAUAUCUGUUAGAAUCUGUAAUGUUAAGACUGGGUUUACGGUCUCAGAACCAACCACGCGUGCAGAUUAGUAACAUUAGUUCUAAUGAAAGUGAUGCAUUACAAGCUCCAACUCCACCGACUGCUAUACCAUUAUUAACCAUACUAAGAAGACUCCCUAGUUUAUUUCCACGUUCCUUUUCAGAAUCAUACCAAGAUUUUAAACAAUUUCAUUCAAAUCAAGAAAGGAUUCAACAAGAUUUAUUAUCGACAUUUCCAAUAUUUGAUACUACUUCACAAAAUAAUAAUGUGAUUGCUAAAUUUUUGAAAGUUCCUAUUGAUAAUCAAGGUAAUUAUAUUAAUGAAUUAUGUAUAAAACCAGCCUCGCCUAGUAAACCCUUGAAACAUUUAAUUUUUAUUCAUGGAUAUGGUGCAGGACUUGGUUUCUUCAUUAAGAAUUUAGAACAUUUAUCGUCUGUGAACAAUGAAUGGUGUAUUCAUGCAAUAGAUUUACCAGGAUUUGGAUUUUCUUCAAGACCGAAAUUUCCUUUCCAAUAUGGUAAAAUAAAUUCAUCAGAGGUUAAUACUUGGUUUCAUGCAAGAAUAUAUAAAUGGUUUGAAAAAAGAUCCUUAUUGGAGAGACCACAAAGUAAUCUCAUUGUAGCACAUUCCUUAGGUGCAUAUCUUAUGGCACAUUACGCGAAUAAAUACCCGACACACUUUAAAAAACUUGUUAUGUGUUCACCAGCUGGCGUAUGUCAUUCAAAAAAUAUUAUUCAGGACAAGUUGAAUAAAAAUAUUCAAAAGCAUGCAAAUUUGAAUCCACCUUGGUGGUAUUCAGCUUUAUGGGAUAUGAAUUUUUCACCGUUUUCUCUUAUACGUCAUUCAGGUCCAUUGGGUUCAAAGAUAACGAGUGGUUGGUCAUAUAAGAGAUUUAAAAAAUACCCAUUACAAGAUUUAAAUCAAUCUUCAUUGUCUGAAAAACAAUUUGAGUUGCUACACAGAUACACAUAUAAUAUUUUCAAUAGACCUGGAAGUGGUGAAUAUUUAUUACCAUUUGUAUUAGGUUGUGGAGGUGUCCCUAGGGACGCUUUAGAAGAUACUAUUUUCAAAAAUGUUAACGACACUAGAUUAUUUAAAGCUAAAUGUGACUGGGUUUGGAUGUAUGGUGAAAAUGAUUGGAUGAAUAAAGAUGGUGCACAAACUAUUUCUUAUAAUAUGAAUAACACAUAUGGUUCUAAUAAAAGUAAAGUAAUUAUUGUUCCAGGUGCAGGGCAUCAUCUUUACUUUGAUAAUUAUCCUUUUUUCAAUAGAGAAAUUAUAAAUGAAAUGAAUGAUAUAUGA